AUGUCGAUCGACGCCCUGGACGUCGUGAUUCGAUGCGAGAUCGAGACGAGAAAGACGAGCGGCGGUGAUGGUGCGUCGCGAACGAGCGAGGUGGCGGAGAAGACGGCGUGCGUCGUGCGAACGAGCGAGAGGGCGAGCGAGAGGUUUCCGCGAGCCGUCUUCGUGGACGCGAGACGAAAACGUCGCCGACGGAAGCUCGAUGGCGACGAGCGCGCGCGGCGUUUGGCGGUGCGCAUUCGUGAUGGCUGCGUCGAGCGUACGCGUCGCGUGGCGAAAGCGCUCGGGAUGGAUGUCGUGGGCGCGACGCGCGCGGACGUCGGAGCGAUUCGAUCGAACGAGGUCGACGACGACGGCGCGACGGGACGAACGUGCGCACCAGUGCUGUUCAGUCGAACGUCCGCUACAAAAUCCGUGAAAGCAUCGAUAGACAUCGCGGACGAGGCGCACGCAGAGGCGAUCCGAGCGAUUCGAGCGUUGUGCGGAUCUAGAUCUCUGGGACGCGCGUACGCGGUUGAAUCAGCGAAUCACGAAUCGACGACGACGCACGUCUUGAUUGGUGACGACGUCGAAAACAUCGAGGACGCUAAGUUCGGCGUCGCCGUCACGACUCGACACUCGGUGCGAACGAUGCGAGAGUAUCGACCACGAUGGCGACGAUGGUUACCGUCGGGAGCGCGAUGGGCAGAAAAUGCAAAGCGGGAAAUGAGCGUGAGUGCUAAGAAGACUCUCGAGGUCGACUCGGUCACUGUCGCCGAACCGAUCGCCGAAGAUGAUUGGACGUGGCAUUUCCUUGACACUGGUUCCACUGCGGACGGGUUGCUCCGAAUCGCGUGCGCGCGCGCAGACGGACGCGAAGACCUCGCCGCGGCUGCGGUCGAGAUAGUCGAUUCGCAGCGGUUGGAGAGAUCUGUCGCGUUCUCGUACAUGGAAUUAUUCGAUCUCGCCGUUCAUACCGCCACAUUCAUGCGUGACACUCUCGGUGCCGAACCAGGGCACGUCGUCGGGGUGCUUUCCAGGAACUCUCACGAGGUAUUCGUGCUUCACCACGCGUGCGCCAUGGCGCGAGUGAAAUUGCUCAAUCUGAAUACGCAUCUGGUGGCGCGCGAGCUCUCUUACAUCGUUCGCGAUGCGGGUUGUCGCUUCAUUUUUGCUCGAGCGAGUCACGCAGAUACCAUCCAAGAGGCCAUGCGCUCGCACGAACGUCCCGACUGGAACGCGGUGGUUUGGCUGGAUUCAGAUGUCAACAAAUAUCCGCGAGCGGUGCGUAAUUUUGACUGGGAGCUGGACGUCGCAAGUCAUCAAUCACCGACUCGUGCGCUCGUGGUAUACAACCGCGAACUCGCAAGCGUGAAGGAUGCGCAUCUGUAUUACACGAGCGGUACAACGGGGAAUCCGAAGGGAGUGAUUCUCACGCACGACAUUGUUCGAACGCACGCGCACGCUACUAGCAAUGAAAUGCGUCUCAACGCCUCAGAUGUUUGGUUACACGCCGCGCCCAUGUUCCAUCUCGUGGAUGCGUUUGCGAUAUAUUCCAUCACCGAAGUGGGUGGAAGACACGUGUUUCUACCGACGUUCGAGGCGUCGACGCUCCUUCGCGUCAUCGCUUUCGAGCGGAUUACUGUGAGCAAUCUGGCCUCGUCCAUGGUCACCAUCUUAUCGCACAACCCAGUCGCCGAGGUGUGCGACUUGUCAUCUCUUCGCGUGAUGUCAUGCGGCGGAUCGCCAUUGCCGCCCACGGUAGUUGCGCGGGCUAUCUCACUUUUUGGUUGCGAAUUCUUUGUGUCUUACGGCAUGACUGAAUGCUGCGGUAAGAUUUCAAUGAGCAUUCUCACAGAUGAGUUUCGCGAAUCGAGCUCACCGGAGUCGCAGCUGGACUCCAUAUGCACCAGCGGGCGCCCGUUUUCGCUCAUGUCCGUCAAGAUCACGAGCAUUGACAAUCCAAACGAACAUGUUCCCUUCGAUGGCAAGACUGUGGGUGAUGUACGCGUCAGAGGACCAACCGUGUUCGCUGGUUACCUGAACGAUCGGGAGGCUACGCGCCGUGCGUUUGACGACGACGGCUGGUUCUCCACGGGUGAUUUAGGUGUGAUGCGUCCAGACGGGUUCAUUGUCAUCGUAGACAGAAAGAAGGACAUGAUACUCUGUGGUGGAGAAAACGUGUACUGCGUUGAAGUCGAGCGCGUUCUGCACGCACACAACUUGGUCCAACAAGCGGCUGUUUUCGGCGUUCCACAUCCAAUCAUGGGGGAGAGCGUGCACGCUGCCGUGACGCUUCGAAGCAUCUCAGAUAUGCGAGACGUGAAGGCACUGGAGAGUAGAAUCAUAACGCACUGUACCGGUUUUCUGAGUCAAUACAAGUGUCCAACUGAGGUUCACAUCAUGGAAAAGUUUCCUAUGAACGCGAGCGGGAAAAUUUUGAAGACGAACUUGCGUAAAAUCGUCACCGACGAAGCGUAUCGUCGUCACGCGCAUGAUACAUCGACACUGCGCCGACAGUUCUUUCCCACAGUUCUUUCGCGGGCUUCGAGAUGUGAAGUGAGAUCGAAGGACACCAGCGAGGAUAUUCGCGGAGUCGAGUCUUACAUUUCCGUGCUCAAGCCAGUCGAAUCUCGCGGCGAUGAUAGAAUGACACCCUACGGUUCACGAUGGUUCGUCGUCGGCGCAAUGGGAGGAUUGCGUAAUUCACUUCAGUCGCUCGGCGUGGAGGUUCGAGCGUUCGAUAGCGCGUCGAUCGCUGUGACAGAGGACUGGUUUGAGCACGCGUCUCGAUAUCGCUCACUCCUGCGCGAAGCCAAGAGCGGAGACACUGUUCUCCUUGCGGAGUGUCUUGCGAGCGUCGAAGACGUAUCACUGGACCACGUCGACCGCAGUGUUGCUUCGGCAACGUAUCUAUCUUGCGGUCUGGUCAUUUCGCUCAUGCGCGCCAUUGAUUCACUCGAGCUCACCGGCGUCAGAGUCAUCGUGUUGACCUCCAAUGCUUUCGUCGCGAGCGAUGAAUCCGAACUCGAAGGCAUUCCAAACGGCCGAGUAAUCAACGCCCCGGUGAUUGGUAUUUGCCGUGUUCUUCGUCGAGAGCACCCGUCACUGGACUUAUUCACGAUAGAUAUCCCGCGAGACAAUGAUAUGACUCCUGAAAUGCUCAAGGUUGUGUUUAGCCGGAUGUUUGAAAAUGAUGGAACGCUGGCCGAGCGUGAGAUGGUCAUCAACAGCUCCUCCAUAUCCGUACCGCGUCUGGUCCGAGCAAAGCUGCCUCUUUCGGCGUCCAAUGGUGGCUCAGUCGUGAUCAAAGGCGCCUCUUGCGUCAUAAUCGGUGGUCUCGGUGCGCUCGGAUUGUUGCAUUUGAAGUUUCUCAGCGACACAUACGGCAUUCGUCGUUUCAUUCUGACGGGGCGCACCGUACGUGACGAAACGAUAGAGAACCUACGACGCACCGCUAACGAGGGCUCGAGUACGGUCGUGAUAGAUAUCGCCGCAGCAGAUUGCUGCGAUGCCGACCAGGCGAGAGCUGUGUUUGCGCUCGCGGAGCCGGUGGCGAUCACGAUGCAUUUGGCGGGCGUCUUAAGCGAAGGGCUCGCCGUGGACGAGACACGCGCAAGUUUUGUCGUCGGCACCGAGGCCAAAAUUAUCGGCUCGCUCAACAUGUUUCGAGAGUUAUCCAAGCGUUCGUCGCUCAUCGCCGUCACGUCCACUUCCAUUUUUGGUUUAAUUGGACAGUCAUGCUUGACUGCAUACGCGGCGGCAAACGCGUUUCAAGACGCGCUUUGUGUCGUUUCAGAUCGUUUAGCAGAAAAUGGUCCUCGCCGGGUCAUCGCGAUUCAAUGGGGGACGUGGGACGAAGAUGGCAUGGCGAUGCGAUCUGGUUCUAUAUUUCGCACGUAUUGGAUUUCCUUGGGUAUGGGCUUUCUGGCUCCUCGCUCGGCGCUUGAGUUCGUGAGCCGAGUAAUCGAUUCUUCAACUGUAGCGCCGUCCAUCGCGUGCUUCCCACCGACAGACUGGACUCGUUUCCAUGACAAUACGCGCGCGAUCGGUUUACUGCCGGCUCUCAUCGAAGAAUGCCUGCUUCCGUUCGAGGAAUCCAGCUCUGAAUCCGUGAGUUCCGAUUGCAGAUCUGAUGCGCCUUUACUCAGCCUCGGUAACGUCUCAGUCGUUCGAAGCGUCGUUCUGGACAUGCUUGGUGAGAAGCACAUAGAUGACGAUGCCCCGCUCAUGAGUGUCGGCUUGACAUCGGCGCGCGCGAUACAGCUCGCGCACAAGCUCGCUACAGCCCUCGGGAUCGAUGUGCCGACUACGCUCGCUUUUGAUCACCCAACGCUGCGGCUUAUAUCAAAACACUUUUCUUCGAGAUCCAUGGAAACCGUGCCUAUAAACGAGCCCGUGGUCAAUGAGCGCAAAUACGAGCGCGUGUUCUUAGUCGCGAGUGCCGGCUGCGCACCAGACUCGGCUGAUCACGGAAUAUUUCCAAUCGGCGGCGAUGCGGUGCGAUCAGUUCCGAAGACGCGCUGGGACACGUGUGACGUGAAUAAUCAAGGCGCUCUCCUCUGUGGAUUUGGUGCGUUCGUUCACAACGCCGCCAUGUUCGAUUCGACACUAUUCAACGUGUCAAUCGCCGAGGCUUGCAUCAUCGAUCCGCAGCAACGACUUGUACUGCACUCAGUGGCGUCACUUCCAAAGUUUGGCUCAAACGUUAGCGUUCAUGUGGGUGUCUCGCAGGUAGAGUAUCCACGCAUGCACUUUAUCGCGCGCUCUGAGGCUCUGUCACCGUAUUACGCGACAUCAGCGCAUCUCUCAGUCGCAUCAGGUCGCAUUGCGUACGUAUUUGCACUCACAGGAUGCGCAGAAAGCAUCGACACUGCUUGCUCUAGCUCGCUCGUCGCCAUCGCGCGUGGAUACGUUUCACGCGAGUCCGCCGUCGCUGGUGGCGUCAAUCUCACUCUUGAUGUCACUUGGAGUCUCGCGUGUAACGCGGCAAACAUGCUAUCGGCCGAUGGUCGGUGUAAAACUCUUGAUUGCUCGGCAGAUGGUUACGUACGAGCGGAACACGCGUCCAUGAUGCUCAUAGCCGUCCGUGUUGAAGCAGACGUCAUAGUGGCGGGUGUGGCGGUGAAUCAAGACGGCCGGAGCUCAACGUUGACUGCGCCUAACGGCCCAUCGCAGACUCGCGCGAUUAUCACGGCCUAUGGGAAUGAUUGUGACGUCGAGGUUGUUUCAAUGCACGGCACCGGCACAGCACUUGGAGAUCCCAUCGAAGUGUCAGCUCUACGAAAUGCCGUUCGCAGCGAAGUAGUCACUCGUGUUCUUGCGAACAAAUCGCUUAUGGGUCACGCGGAACCUGCGAGCGGCGUUUCGAGUCUCCUACUGGCCGCCGACGCGAUACAACUCGAAUCAUCGGUCGCCAUGACGCAUGUGCGCUCGAUCAAUCCGUAUUUGACAAGUUGUGACGCUGAACUCAUGUUGGCGAUUCCUCGUCAACGCGUGGCAAUGAGCAUGGAGAGGUCCGCGAGCGCUUCGGCGUUCGCUUUCAUGGGCACGAAUGCGCACUGUGUUGUUCGACUUAAUGUUUAUCCUGGAAAAACCGUCGCCGUGUCGAGCAUCACUCCGAUACACGAUCAAGCGUCGCGUUGGUGCACGCGAGCGUCACACGCAUGGAUCAAAACUGGAGGCAUCGCUCCGUGGGGUGGACGAGUGAUGUACACAGCCACUAUUAUCGGUGUACCCUCGAGCGCGUCCUUACUCGAUCACGCAAUACACGGCGAACCGAUCGCCCCAGGGACGUCUUUGAUUGAGCUCUUUCUCGAGAGUUUCACGCAGAGCGUAUCUGAUGGCGGGCACCAUGGUCGUGAUAUUGUCGUGCCACACGCCAUGCGUUUGGUAUCUGAUCAAAAGCAGCGUGCCGUGUUCAUGAACGUUAUCACUAGACGUGACGGCCGCGUGUCUGUGACCUCCGGACCGCUGUGUCGAGCGCAGACGCACCUGUACGGGCGCGUGGACCGUGUUCGCGUGGUGAUCCGUUCGUUGACAAACUCCGCCAGCUACGUCAAUGUCACUGGACAGCGUCAUCUCCUGGCUCGGCUUACUCGCCCAAGCGAUACGAUGGAUGAGCAGUCCGGUAGCGUCAACGUGAACGCAUACGUGCUCGAUGCCGCGAUCCACCUGGCUGAGGGAGUGCUACAAUUCGAUGGAGGUUGCGCUGCCCGAGUGCCCGCGGCACUGGACUCUGUGUUUUGCGCACAUCGACGACGCGGCGAUGCGUGGAGAGAGCCUAGAACGAUAUCAUCGACUUGCUCCAUUGCGCAAAACGCACACAUCGUUCGAGGACAACGGGUGUGUCAUGAUCACAUAGUUCCCGGAACAUCUCUUCGGCGGCUUGAUAUUCGACCACCGUUUGGUUCACGCUCGCGAGCGCUCUUUCGAACGGUGGCACCGAACAAAAAUGCGACGAAGUACGCCGCCGCCCGACUGACAGCUACGCCAAAGUACCCUAGAAAUAUUCGUAUGUGCGUACGAUCAAACGUGGACGAUGGAUAUCGAACAAAAGAUUCUGUGACGCGUGGAAUGAGCGCUUUCACGCAAUACCUCUCUGAAGACGUCGUUCUGCGCACGACAGGGGCUUGUUGCAAUGUGUUCGAUCUUUCAUCCGCGCUUCUUGGUGCUUCAAGAUGUGCCACACACGAACUCUUCUCAAAAACUAGCGUCGCGUGCGUGGACAGACACAUCGCGUGCGUUGACAGGGCAAGCGAUUCUAUCACAAAUGAAGACGCUUUCCAAGCUAUGUCGUUAGCACAUGGAACGCAGUCAUCAAGAACUCUCGUCGUAGAUAGUUACAUUGAAAGUGUGCGAACGUUGGAUCGACGUCGGCAUUUCAAGUCGAAAGUAUUGUCACUUUGCUUUGCGGAUCAGGCGUCAUUUAAUUCGUUGCUCGUGUAUGGUGGUACGGGCGCUCUCGGCGCUCGCGCUGCAAAGGAUUUUGCCGAGUGCUACUCCAGCGGUCAUGUCGCACUGAUCGGACGCUCCGGAAGAAGUGCUCUGGAUAUAAACAGCUACGCAUCAAUCAUGAGAGCACUGCGUCUCGACGCCACGGCUCUUGAAGAUUCCGUCAUCGCGCAGACGUUUACGGUGCAGUCUAACGUGGCGUACGCGAGUGGGGUAUUAGCCGAUGCGAGCUGGUCAAAUCUCACGUCACGAUCGCUGCUCGCGACUUGUGCACCUAAGCUGAACACAGCUCGUGACUGGAUGGAUCUUUCUGCACCGAUCGGUUGUCGAACGUACUUCUCCAGCGCCACUGCUUUUGUUGGAAAUACUGGACAGACCGUCUACGGCGCCGCGAACGCAACGCUUGAUCGCCGUGCCGGUGCCGCGGCUACGGCGGGUGUGAAUUCCGUCUCGAUACAGUGGGGAGCGUUCGCUGGCGGUGGUAUGGCGAGCGGUGUCGAGGAUAGAAUGAUGCGAACAGGUAUUGGAUUGCUCCCACCGGACCGUGGACUGACACUGCUGCGAACAGUCUUCUCUCGUAUAAUUCUGAGCGCGCAUCAAUUUUGCAUAAGCGCGUUCGACUGGCAAGUAUACGUUUCAAAGCAUCCUGUUUCAUCUUCGUCGCCAUUUUUCGCGAACGUCAUCGAGCAGACCCGUGGUCACUCAAAAGAGUCUACGAAAUCAUCGUUUGGCGAUUUCAGUGCUCCUACACGACGUGCGAGCGUAUUGUCCAAGCGAGUUGACGUUCAGAGAGCCAUCAACGACGCUUUGAAGUCCGUCCUCGGGCGUGAAGUCACUGUUGAGUCACCGUUCUUUGAGCUCGGCAUGGACUCGAUCUCAAGUGUGGAGUUUGUUACGAGUCUCGAGACUGCGCUGGAUCGUCGACUUCCAGCUACACUCGUGUUUGAUUAUCCUUCACCGAAGGCCUUGGCGAUUUUCAUUGAUUCUCUCGAUACAUCAGCGGUCUCGGUGCUGCGUACUCACGAACCGAGCGUUGAAUCGCGUGCCGGUAAAAGCAUGACCGAUGUCAUCAUCACAGCGUCUUCCGAUGUUCCUGGUUGUCGGGCGCUCAAUCGAGGCAUAGGGGCUAUUCCGUGGCGCGCCGACGACCGUGUGUCUACCAUCACUCGAGAACGCUGGGAUGUUGAGAGAUGCAUACAAGUACCGCGUUUUGCUGGAAUCUACUUCGGCAACGACUGGCACAGUUUCGAUGGAGACGCAUUCGGAUUAAAACUUAACGAAAUUGCCGUGAUGGAUCCGCAGCAGCGCUUGACACUACGUCACGCAGCUGAGGCGCUUCGCACAAGACCAUGCGUCGAUGCGCAGUCACUCACGUGCGGCGUAUUUAUCGGUGCCGCAACAAAUGAUUACAAGUCCCUCGUUAUUGACGCCGGUGUGUUCGAGAGCCCCUUCGUAUCCACUGGAUGUGCGUUCAUCUCAGUCAUCGCUGGCCGGAUCUCUUACACACUUGAUCUUUCGGGACCGUCACUUUCUAUUGAUACAGCUUGUUCCUCUGGACUUUGCGCCACGCACUUCGCACACGAAGAUAAAUCAUCAACGAUCCGUAUCAUCGGCAGCGUAAACUCACUUUUGGAUGCGAAUUCGAGCUUCAUGUUUGCGCAAGCGGGGAUGUUGGCGGCGGACGGUCGAUGCAAGACAUUGGAUGCAAGUGCGGACGGAUACGCUCGUGCCGAAGCGUGCGCAGUUGUUGUUAUCGUGCGCGAUUCCACGAUGACGAAUAUCGGUGUCGUUGCUGUCGACGGGAGCGCGGUGAAUCAAGACGGUCGGAGCUCAUCGCUCACAGCGCCAAACGGACCAGCGCAAGCGCGGGUGAUUCGAGCAUCUGCGGCAAAGUCGGGAGUUUCUCGAACAAUCUCGAGUUUACACGGUACGGGCACCGCCCUUGGGGAUCCGAUAGAAAUUGGUGCGAUGAAUGACGCUCGAGACGACGAUGUUCCGAUCGUCGUCCUUGUGGCUACGAAGACAUCAUGUGCACACUCUGAGUCGCCCGCGGGAUUGAUCGGAUUGAUCGGCGCGGCGUCUGUCCUCAGCGCCAAAUGUGCUGCGCAUAUGCUGCAUCUGCGACGCGCCAACACGUACCUCGAGCGAGCACUCGCCGAAAAAUCAAACAUAGCGGCGCGAACGAGCUGUGCGAUUUCGGACAUUCGAGCAUCGGGCGCGAGCGCCUUUGCAUUUCAAGGGACCAAUGCUUGCGCUUCGACAAUCAUAAGUUUAAUCGACGGGCAUCGAUCGGCGUUUUACACCUGUAAACGGAGCGUGGUUCGGCACGCACAUCAUAGGACACUACCACUUGUCAUCGCUCCAGCAUGCGUUCGCGCCUCGACAUAUUUGAGGUCCCGAGAAACCCACGAGGUGCAAUUAACGCCGGGCACGUCGAUGUUUGAUCAUCGCGUUCGUGACAGGCCUGUGCUUCCAGGCGCGGCGUACCUUUGCAUCACUGCUCAAUGUGCCGGACUGCUCACGUAUAUGAGCGUGUGCAGGUUUACCGUUGACUGCGUUGCGUUUUGCGCUCCACUGGCCCUGACAACAGACGAGAACACGUCUUUGUCCAUCGCCUUUCGCCUCGGUAGAGCAGAAUUCACUUCCUUGAGCGCACGGGCGGUUAUGUUCGCAAAAGCCCAAAUUUCCAAGAUGCGAUGUAUCACAACUUCACCAUCGCUUAAAUGGAAAUAUCCAGACAUCUCCGAAGCGCACGUCGUCGUCGUGGGAAAUAUCAGCCCAUCGUCGAAUUUUCUAGAAGAAUCCAAGGCCUGGGCAGAAUUGGAUUCAUCGUUUCACUUUCUGUCAGCGACGUGGGAACGUGAAGCGAAUUUGCUUCGCAUUCCAUCAUCAGUAGAUGCAUUCGUUCACAUGUCCCGCAUUGAAUCACGAGGUGUUGCUCUCGUACCUUCUGUCGUUACGAGCGAACACACCUCUCGUGGCUCAAGCGUUCGCGGAUUGCGAACCACGGCCAUUCGACCGCCAAAGUCACAGACAGAUGCAUUAACAGGAACUUACGUACUCACGGCCGCUCGACGGAUUUCGUCGCGCCCAGAUGCCCAAUUUCAGUAUGUUGAUGUGCGAGAUGAGCGUGGUAUCGUGGCCGCCAUGCAAACGACAACACCAUUCGACUCUGCACUUCUCACACCACGUUGUCACAGCUUUGGGAUUGUUGCUUCGAUGCGAUCUGCGGCGAUGGAGACGCGUACGGCUAGUGAAGUGCGAGUUUCGACAGCAUAUGCGCGAUGUAUCGCUCGAACAUCACAUCAUCAUGAUUCAUCACGAAGAGACUUUGCGUCACUUGUUCGUUCAGAACGGGACGAAUACGCACAGGUGUGUAUCAUCGGUGGAGCUGGCGCGCUCGGGCAGGCGAUGACGAACUAUUUCAGUUCAAGCGAGUAUCAUCGCGUCGCUUGGACAUCGACGACCGGUCGUGCUCGAGUAAUCUUAUCGUUAGAUUGCGAAAAGGAGCUGCACAUAUCGCUGUGUUCGACGAUUGCCUCGGAACACAUCGCAUCCACAUUCAUCAUGAGAGCGAGCGGAGUCCUGAAGGACGCCGUCAUAGCAAAUUUUACCGUAAGAGAUGCUCGAUCGGUCAUGGCGGCGAAAUGCGCGGGGCGCACGAUGUUUGAUGACGGUAUUAUUCCGACUUGGCGUGAUCGCACGUUCACAUCGAUAGCCGGCAUGCUCGGUUCUCUCGGUCAAGCAGCGUACGCCGGAGCGAACGAGUUAAUGGACUAUCGUUGCCGGAACCGAAUGUACUAUGGCUUAGAUGCAAAGUCAAUUCAGUACGGACCCUGGGCGGGCGGUGGAAUGGGUAACGAUAGCGUUGUCCGAUCACGAAUGCGUACACUCGGUGUUUCCUACAUGAAUCCGACAGACGCUCUCGUAGCUACUAGUGCUCUGAAUCGAUUAGACGCUCCAAUAGUAACGUGCGUUGCGGCGAUUAAUUGGAAAACGUACGCUUUGUCGACUCAUCGAGUAGACGACGAGAUGUUCAACAUAAUCACAAACAGAGUGAAACAGUCGGAUCGUCCGGCGACAGUGAAUGAAGUGCAAUUGAAGCCAGCACAUCGACGAGAAAUGAACUCACUUCGACUGGAAACACUUGAGAGGGUUAUUGAGUGCGUUGAACAGGCUACAGGACUGCGUUCGGACAGCGAAAUGCCAUUCAUGGAAUCCGGCGUGGACUCUGUCUCUUCAAUGGACCUCUCAAGCGAGCUCUCAAGAACUUUCUCAAUAACGCUUCCGGCAACAUUUCUAUUUGAUAAUCCAACACCGAAGGCGGCAGCAGAAUUCAUCGUAGGUGCUUUCCGGGCCAAAGCUAGUGAUUCUCAAUUGACGCGUGCUGCCAAACAGCCUGUCCGCACUGACGUGAACGAUCGAUUUGUCUUAAUCAACACGCACGUAGCCUCAGAAGCCAAACCGGCCGAAAUGUUGGAUGGGACGCAAAGGAUUCCACACAACAAGUGGAACCUCGACGACCUGCGGCGCGAGAGACUCGCGGCAUCAUUCAUGAACUUCAUACGUGAUCUCGACGCCUUCGACGGUGAAGCAUUCGGCGUGCGCAUGGAAGAAGCGCGAAGGAUCGACCCUCAGCAGCGCCUCGCCUUGCGCGCCGCAAUGAUUGCCGUGGAUGCUUCCAAAUCUGGUUUGGCAGUUUUUCUCGGCAUCGCCAGUCGUGACUACUGUGAUCUUGUCAACCGAAAUGGAAUUUUUAGUGCGUCUACAUACGAUGCGGUUGGAUCCUUCGGCUCCGUUGCAUCCGGUAGGAUCAGUUUUGCAUAUGACUUCAAAGGUCCAUCGACAUCCAUUGACACCGCAUGCUCUUCCGCUCUUGUAUCUGCUCACCAAUGUCGAACGGAGAUGUUGAUGGGCACCGUGUGCGCAGCUUUAGUGGGUGGUGUGAACGUGAUCUUACACCCGAGGGUCACCGAGCAGUUCAACCGCGCCGGGAUGUUAUCGCCGAGUGGGAGAUGCCAGACCUUAGAUGCGUCGGCGGACGGGUACGUCCGGGCAGAGGCGUGUCGUUUCAUUCGCAUGGAGCUCGUGAAUAAGUGCGCGGGUGUGAAUCUUCGGUCGAGUGCGAUUAAUCAGGACGGUCGCUCAAGCGCCCUCACGGCUCCCAACGGUCCGUCGCAACGCGAUGUAAUCGCGAUGUGUCAACACGACCCGCGAGGCGCUUGCUUCUUCCUCCAUUUGCACGGCACCGGAACGCCUCUUGGUGAUCCCAUCGAAAUCAGUGCUCUCUCCGCACUCGCGGGUGAAACGUCCUCGAUCGACCUCGACGCCUCGAAGAGCUGGUUUGGUCACGGCGAGCCCGCAAGCGGAGUGGUCGCGAUGACACAUCUCCUAUCAGAGCUCGCAACGAGAUGCGCAAUCGGCAUGCGGAAUUUGGCGCACUUUAAUCCCUACGUCGUCACGAGUGCACGCUGGAUGUACGUCGCUCGCGUGCCGUCAAGUCGCGAGUGCACGCGAUGUGGAACAAGUUCAUUUGCGUUUCAAGGGUCCAACGCUCACGUUGGAGUGGAUUUCAAUUCGCAAGAAGACGCCGCUGUAAAGCUCGAUUGCUGGCAGACGCUUAACGCGCGACGAGCUUGGUGUGAACCACGAACGUUUCAGUCGGUUCCGCGCGUCCAUCUCACCAUCGGCCGCGACAUGCGUUUCGUCGGCGACGUGCGCGUGGUCGCCGGCGUCGAGGAUCAUCGUGUGAGCGGAAAAAUAUUGUUCCCUGCAGCUGGCAUGUUGCACGCGGCGUUGUGCUCAGGCUUGGCAUGCGCAGACUGCGCGACUCUAUGCGCUAGCGCGACGAUUCCUUCAUCGCUGGAAAUCGUUAAGGAAUCAACGUCUUACGAGCUCGUCGUUCGCAGACUGGAUGGCUCGUGUGCGCUCGUCGCGCGCUCUCGAACACGCUUUAAGGCGUACCUCCGUGCCGCGGUUCCGUGUCAGCGUAACGCCAAUAAUAUGGACGAAACUCUCGUUAUCACACACGAGCGAGCACGAGCGGUUCACGCCACGCCGGUCGAUCCAGAAACAGUGUAUGAAGCUUUGCGUCGAAGAGGACUUGAUUAUGGUCCAUAUUUUCGCGUGUUGCGGAAUAUUCGGCGAGGCUUGAGAUCGCGAAUCGCAGUUAUUGCCGAUGUCAAAUGUGUGGUUGGUCAGAUCGCCGCUAUGGAUGGAAUCAUGCAACUCGCUGCGCCGAUGGAUGUCGAGACACCACUUGCGAUUCCCAUUGGCGCGGAGGCGUGCUUCGGUGGGAUAUCAGACGUUGCCCGCGCGUGUGCGUGGGCGCAUGCUUCGAGUUUGACUUCGUCGAGCCACGCCAUGGUUUCCGAAAAUAUCUCCAAUUGGUCGUGCAUACAGCGCUUGCGAGCGAAAACGCUGAACUCGCGAUCAACUACGUCUACGUUAUCAGCCACUCGCUACUUCACGAAGCGAUGCGCCGAGUCUCAUCCGCCAGAGAAGUACUUUGGCGUCAGCACUGCCGAUUAUUCGCGAGUGGCCGUUUCCUGCGCCCAAUGCUUCAGCCGAUGUCGCGCACAAGACACCGACGUUCAGGUGGCCGGGGUGCAUAUCGAUCACACACUCGGCGCAGUAAAAUCUGCAGCGAGCGAGUUUGGUUCCGCGAUCGACGCUUCUGAAUCGCGCGUGCACGAAUCAUACGCCCAUGUUGAACGGCUUGAGGUUGAACGGCCGCUUCGCAAGCGAGCGCAGAGGCUGAGUGAAUGCAUACGAACGAAGUCGACGCACUCGAAAGAGACGCACGUCAUCGGCGCAUUUGGAUCACUUGGACUGGUCACUACGAAAACGACUCUCAUCAUCCGCUCGUCCACCGUUCUCAUGAGCGGACGGUUGGGUAGGGGGAAUUUCAACAUGGCUAGCGAAUCGAUGAUCUUGCCGCGACUCAUUCGUGCUACUUCGCGGGACGCGGCGACUCGCACGCCGCAAAGGACUAUCGAAGAUAGUCGUAACAUAUUCGUUGCCGGUGCACUGGCGGAUGGAUUAAUAUCUCGACUUACGGCGAGGUCGUUUCGAAUCGUGUUUGCGCCGAAAACAGAAUCCGCUCUGAAAUUCAGCGCAAAUGCACAUAAAUCCACAGCCGUGUACUUCUCUAGCGUUGCAUCUCUUCUCGGAUCGGCCGGACAAUUCAAUUACGCCGCAGCGAACGGCGCCAUGGAUUUCAUAGCCCGAUCACGAAGACGAUUGGGAGUGGAUGAGGUGAGCAUUCAGUUCGGGCCCUGGGCAGAAGGGGGAAUGGCGGUGCGACACUCUGAUACUCUACGUCGAUUACGAGAGAUGGGUAUGGCCGCUUUGAGCGCUGACGAAGGCGCAUCGGUACUCCGCGCUUCACUUCAACGCGCGGUAACCUGCGUUGCCGCACUGAGUCUCCGAACUCUCGCCGCGAACGCAGUGCAUCUGAAGAACCAACUCUUAUUUGAGCAUCGAUCAGCUUCGGCGCCGACACGAAUGACGCAACCGUCAAAGAAGUACAUCGUUAAAGAAGAUCUCGCCAUCAGAGACAUUGAUGUAGAAAGAAAAUUAUCUUCGGCGGUUGCUGCAGCACUUGGUCGCGUCGUUGAUCGAGACGCUCCGCUCAUGCAAGCGGGGAUCGAUUCACUUUCGGCGAUGGAUUUGACGAGCGCUGCGAGCUCGAUGUUCGACGUGGAUCUUCCCUCUACAGUGUUGUUCGAUCAUCCCACCAUCGCAUCUGCAUCUCGUGAAAUAACGCGAUUGCGUUUCGACGUUCACGACCAGCCAUGCGCGAAAGUUGUCACAUCGCAACGUACGCCUGGUAGCAACGUGCGUCAGCGGGCAUUCGCUGCUCCGCGAAUCGUUUCGCAAGCUGGUGAGAUGAGCAGAAGAGCUCUCGACAGAGACACAGUGCAACGAAUCGACCCCGAACGUGAAGCGGCAAUAUUUUUAGGAGCACCAAGCGCCUUUUGCGGGUUCACGUUAUCGUACGAGCGUCUCGUCGCGUUUGAUGCGUGCGUGAUUGGUCCUACGAGCUCAAGCGAGUUGCUGCAUUUAGACCCAAGGCAGCGUCUGCUCAUAGAUGCCACGGCUAAGUGCGUCGCGGCGCUCAAGUAUUCUGUUGACACCCAUGGACAGUGUGGUGUGUACGUAGGAUGCGCUGGUAAAGAUUAUUCUCGUCUUCUGGAAGGUCUGGGUUUAGAACGCGGUGCUUUUCAUGGCGUCGGAAACGAGACUUCCGUCGUUAGCGGGCGCAUAUCCUUCGUCUUCGCGAUCAACGGACCAGCUCUGAGCAUCGAUACAGCUUGCUCUUCGUCUUUGUGUGCGGUUUCGAUAUCGUUGGCUGGAUUCGAGUCCAAUGUGAUUUCGAGAGCUUACGUCGCAGGGGCCUCUCUGGUGCUCACAGAUGAUAUGCACCGCGUCCUGGGCGGCGCCGGGAUGCUCAGCCCGGCCGGUCGUUGUCGCUCGUUUGACGAGGCUGCAGAUGGAUACGGACGAAGCGAAGGCGUCGAACUACUCGUAUUCGCGGCUAGUACCAAAGACGCGAGCGCGGUGGCCGUCCUAGCUGGUGCUGCGGUGAAUCAAGAUGGACGAUCAAGCUCUCUCACCGCGCCGAGCGGUUCUUCUCAGGAAGAGGUCAUCAAACUCGCAACGAACUUGUGCGCGUCGCUGAAUCGUGACCGCGAUGGCAAAGUAUUACACACUCAUGGCACUGGGACCGCGCUAGGUGAUCCCAUUGAGAUAAAUGCGGCGAUUCGCGCCCUCGUUCACUCACGUGAUCCGCUCGUGCUGCAGGCAUCAAAGUCCCACUGUGGCCACGCGGAGCCAGCGGCUGGUGCCGUCGCUAUCGUCUUUGCCAUCGAGCACAGUCUACGAAGUUCGAUUGCAUGUGGAAUCUGCCACCUCCGGCGACUGAAUAAACACGUGCGAUUGGCGAACGCGGUCGCCCCAAGGAUUCCUGUUCCAGUCGUUUUGGAUGUGAACGCCCAUGUCAGCGCUUUUGCAUUCCAGGGUACCAACUCCGCAAUCGUGGUCGCUCCUUCGGACAAUGAGAUGGCCGUGAUGGAGAAUGAUAUGUAUGCAAUUACGCACGCACGACGAUACUGGCCAACGCGUGCGCCAGAAGUACGAUCAGUUACGUGCUCACGCGGCGCUCGCAUGAUGUUUGACGUAAGCGUGGGCUGUAUGUCUUUUCCAUUCGUCCUUUCGCGCGCAGUCGAACGCGCUCUGGACGACGAUGUCGUUGUGGUUUCCGAUUAUGUUGCUGGGUGUGACGACGGUACCGAAUACGCACAGAUCACGGUUGACAAGGACAUCAUCCGUUCGUCUUUUGGAUGCGUCGCUCGAGCGCAAGGACUCGGUAAGGCAUCGCCAGUGGCUGUUUCGUUUGUUAUCUCUUACGAAACACAAAUGUCGUACGCUCUCACCUCGAAGAGCGGCGCGGCUUUUGGACUGCCAAUCGCGUGCAAAUGCCUGGCAGUGCGUCGCAGCUCUAUGCGAUCCGAUGGAUUCUUCAGCUCGGAGACUUGCCGUGGGGUGACGGAGCGACAUCGGUCUGACGGUUCAAUGACGUUCUUAGCGAUUGGUGUCCAACGCGACGGUUGCAGGCGAAGACGAAACGUUCAAUGCAUCAAAGGAAGAAUCACCUACUCUGUCAUUGACUCGAGUCUACCGAGCGUGCGACCGGUCAGCGUGCGACCGGUCAGCGUGCGAUCGGCUUCGACGGCGAUGAUGUUGGCGCAAACGUCAUUCUCUUCUACACGUCACGACCACUUGAUCGGUUGUGAGUUAGAAGUGAUCUUUCGAAGUGGCGGUAUCGGCAACAGACAAAGCGUUCAGAGUCAAUUACGAUAUCUAAAAAUCGACGACGUAUCCAGCGAGAGAUCGGCGCCUGUUCAGGCGCUUGUCCUCGGUGGUACCGGAGCACUUGGAAGAAUAAUUUGUAGAAGGCUACUUGGAGAUGUCAUCGCCUGUUCGCGCGUGGGAAGAUCAUGGGACACUCGCCCUAACAGCUACUCUAUGGAAGUCUUACGGUGCGACCACUCUCUUCGUGAAGACGCGUUUGUCUCUCAGGUGUCGCCUCGCCUAGCGCUUCACAGUGGAGGCGUGCUUGCAGAUGCCACACUACAGAACCAAAGAACUCAUGGCAUCGCGCGGGUGUUUGCACCGAAGAUCGUGGCAUCGACAAAUGCGCACAAGAGCGAAUCACCAUGCAGGAGUGUGCUAUUUAGUUCGAUCGCCGCUCUUGUGGCACCCUUUGCACAGGCAAAUUAUGCGAGUGCCAACACAGCGUUGGACACAUUUGCUGAACGAUCGCAGGAGCGAGGAGAUCUCGUGACGAGCGUGAGAUGGGGUGCGUUUCAGGCGAUUGGAAUGGCGAGCUGCAACGUAGAUAUGGCGCGCGACUUGGCUACGUAUGGAAUAGCCAUGCUAUCGCUCGAUGCAGGUUUGGAUGUGCUCCGUAAAAUCAUGCUCGGCGCAGCAACACCGGCAAUGUUCGUUGUGUCACCGUUGAACGUGAUGAAGCGCAAAAAACACGACGUCGGACCGCUUACAGAGGGUACAAAUGUAUCUAUGACGCCUGAAGUGUGCGCGAAAGUGAUUGAACGAAUCGUGGCCGAGCUGGUUGGUUCACCUUUACCUCGGACUGCGCCAAUGAUGGCGGCGGGACUGGACUCGGUGUCGAGCGUUGAACUGCUCUCCGCCGUUGAGCGCAAGUUUGACGUGGUUGUACCGUCUACGUUGGCGUUCGACUAUCCAUCCAUAGAUGCUAUGGCGGCGUUCGUCUCGUGCACACUCAAUAAGAAUGCAGAAAAUAAUGCCUGCGAUAGUGCGAUCAACUCGCUCAAAUUUGCUCAUCGGGAGAAACAAUCACAUCUGUAUGCGCACUCGAGAUCUGGACGUGUUUUCACCGGUGAUGACAAUGACUCAGCGCUCAUCAGCGAUAGGUCCAUCGGAACAACGUGCAUUCCACUUUGGAGAUGGAACAUCGACGAAUCACUCGGUUUGGAGCUUCCUGUUCGCUUUGCGGCAUGUCUCUCUGACAUCGAUACUUUUGAUCGUGCGGUCUUCUCCGUAUCGGCACCGGAAGCGAUGGCGAUGGAUCCUCAGCAACGUGGCGUACUUGAAAGAGUGUGUGCAUGCCGUCCGGGCGACCUUAGCGAUAGUGCAGUCGGGGUAUACGUCGGUAUUCAGCACUUUGAGUACGCGCUGCUCGAUGUCAGCGGCGAACUUGGCUCGCACGCAGCGACUGGACGCGCACUAUCUGUCUGCGCGGGUCGCGUUAGCUACAUUUUCGGCUUCACUGAAUCAUCCCUGGCCGUGGACACAGCGUGCUCAGCAAGUCUAGUAACAGUGCAUCUAGCUCUCAUGGACGAAGCAAGAGCUUCCGCACAUGCAUGUGUCGGCAUUAAUUUCAUUUUGACGCGAAAAACGUGCGAUGCUGCUCGCGCAGCCGGUAUGCUCGCUUCAGAUGGGCGAUGCAAAGCAAUUGAUGCGACAGCAGACGGUUACGGUCGAGGUGAAGCGGUUGCGUGCGUGGUGCUCGCGAGAGACUCUCGAGGAUGUGUCGCAUUUGUCGUCCUCGGCGGCGCCUGCGCUCAAGAUGGUCGAAGCUCUGCACUCACGGCGCCGAACGGACCAGCGCAGCGUCGCGUGAUUGCUGAUGCAUGGCAGUUACUACAAUGUGCGAAAGACGUCGUCCGAUACGUAUCGAUGCACGGGACUGGGACAGCGUUGGGUGAUCCCAUCGAGUGCUCUUCGCUCAAAGAUAUUUAUCAUGAGCGUUCCCAGGGCGACACCAUUAACCUGUUAGCGAGCAAAUCGGCCGUCUCACACGCCGAGGCCGCGGCAGGGUCGGUAGGAAUGUUUCACCUUGUCGCUUGUUUCGCGUCCAACGCGACUCCCUCGAUAGUUGGUCUUAGAACGAUUAAUCCGCAUGUCGCGUUGUCGGAUAUUCUCAGAGCUCCUCGGCAGAUGGCAGCAGCUGUUAUGCCUUGUGACGGUGAAACGAUCGCAGGAUGUUCGGCGUUCGCUUUCAUGGGUACGAAUGCGCACAUAGUUUUACGCAAAGCGACCGAUGCGCUGCCCGUCCGCCAGUUCGCAUUUGAACGAGAGUCAUUGUGGCCCACAUUUGUGCCGACGGGAUGUUUCACUCUCGGCCGCGUCACAUGUCUCCCGUCGCCGAUGCGAGACAUCAUGGAGGUCUGCGUCACAAACUUUCGUGAAUAUGUCACAUGUAUUACGUUUGCACGACUCGCAUGCGACUGCGCUCGAGUAUGCAACGGAGUCGGUCGGCGAGGUUUCAGGAGGAACACCGCACAACAAAUCGUUGUCUAUUCAAGCGUCACUGAUUUUCCGUCCGCUGAUUUUACUUUACGCAUGCGCCUGUCUGGUGAGAUGCGCAUGGAUGCGAUUGGUGCGAAGUGUCAACUCGGCUUUACCGCCAUGAAUGCACCAGGCGGGCGUGGUUGCUUGAUUCGAUGGUCUAAGUACGUGGAAAAGAGAUCACAUGUCGUGAUGUUGCGAUGCGCCAACACAUCGUUCAACGCCUUCUCAGUCGUAUCGAGAGAGACAUUGUGCGGUGCAGCGGUGUACCAUUCUAAUUCAAUCGAAGACGCGAACAUGGUAUUCACAGCAGCGAGCAAAGAAAGUUUCUCUCGGCAUGAUGUUCAUGGGGCCGCCACCGAAACAAUGCACGGAUGCAACGUUGCGCGUCCGUCUCCUUCAUCACCGGUCUACUACAGUAGUCGUGGACCGUCGACGCCAUCCCAGUCAAAACUGCCGCCGGGUGUAGGUCAAAAAGCAAAGACGGACGUUGGACCGAUCGUUUAUGGUGUUUUGCGCGAGAUCUUUGGCCAAGAUGUGGAUCCGGCUAGUGAUUUGGCGUCCAGAGGGAUCGACUCUAUUGGCGCCAUAGAACUCGCGACGACACUCAAGCGUAAACUAAUGAUUGAAGGUAGCGCUGAUAUGAGCGCGUUAGCGACACUACCGACACCGGGUGCCAUCGUCUCUUUCAUCACGGACACUUUCUUUUCCCCGAAGGAUUUCCGCGCAACGCAACUCGCCGUUGGUGCCACUGAGAGAGCAAAGCAGAUAAAAACCCUCAAAACGAACGACCGAUCGCCCGCAUUGUUUCUCGGCGCGCCUGCAUUUGGUGACGGUCCGCUUGCAUACUAUAAACUCACCAACGCUCUGAAUUUAGGAGCGCAUCCGUGUCGGACGCUCGAGCGAGAUGUCACCGAACAACCGUGGCCACAGGUAUCGUUGGAUCAUGCGGACGAAAUCAUGCGACUACAGAGUGAAGGUGCGAUCGUGCUCGGCGGCCACUCUCUUGGUGGUGUUCUCGCAAUAGAGACAGCGCUCGCUAUCGAACGGUGUGGACGCGAGGUGGCUUCAAUUUUCCUCUUUGACGCCCCGCAUCCUGUGCAGUUCAAAUCGGACUGGAAUGACAUUCCGGCAGCAAUCGACGAGGAAGAGAGCACUGGAUUAACAUACAUGGAGGUCGCCCUAACGAGCUUCCACUUUGAUACUGUCGCCGCGGGAUGGGAUGGGAUGACACGGGAGGAAAAGUAUGCGCUGUUUGAGUCUGUGGCCUUUCAAGCACUUGGUCGUGAAUUCAACGCCAAGACACUCGAUGAAGACAUCAGUAAAGGACCGUAUGCCGCGCAAUGGAACAGCGGAAUGGAGCAAAUGGAGGAUGGGUCCAUCGAUUCGGGGUCGUGGUGGAUGCUUCGUGGUGGCGAGGCGGCGGUGGAGCCUACCAAGACGUUCUCUCGCGUCGCUGCUAAGGUUGUACAUUACAAGGCUGGACUAGAGAGUUCCGCGCUAUUCGAGACCGAGCUCGAGUUCAAAGACACCAAGGGCGAAGUUGAUGGAGUUUCACGCAGCGUCGGAGGAUACGUUUGGGCGCUCGCCUGCGACCACGUUGAGGUUGUUCGAUGCAGAGGAUCGCACAUGAAUCUGAUGACGUCCGAAGCCGAAGGGGGUGAUUUGAAUGAUACAAUCGGGCCGCACGUCCGUCGAGCGCUCAACACUAUUUGGGAGGAUAUUGCUGUCGAUAGAAUAGACGCGUCGGCAACGCCAUGGAGAUCGCGCGUAUGGCAUCAAGGAUUGGGAUUGUGGAUGUCGGCGUCGCCGGAAUUGGACGACGUCUCACUCGAUGAUGUUUCCAUGAAUGAGCGUUCGCUUUCGUCCAACAAUGCCAUUCUUCGCGCAGUGGACUCCAUCGAUUCGUUCGACUGCGCCGUGUUCGGGCUUAACCGACUAGCAUGGGAGUGCAACGACACCACAGCGCAGGUUUGGAUCGUCGCCGAUUUGCUCCAAGACGUCGACUCGUGGAGUCACGCAUGCUUUGCCUCCACGCUUCCGUGCGUCGCCGUACAUGUCCCGCUCCGCGCCCUGGACGCGAUUGCGACGAUGAAUGAAAUUCGUGCGUCCAUAGCCGCUCGAUGCGUGCGCAGUGUACGACGCGCGAACGGCGUCGAUGCCGUCGGUGCCCGCUUUCAUCGUCCUCUGAUCGUCGCAUCCUCCUCCUCCGGAGGCGAACUCGAGGCACUCGCCUUUGAGAUUGCGCGUCAACUAAAACGGCGAGGCGAGACCACUGUCGCCGUUGUCUUCGGUGCUAGCUCUCGCUCGAACACAACACCCACUCUUCAGGCACUCGAGUUGCUGAACGACGACCCAACUGUCGCCGUGAACCGUCACGCGACCGCCGUCACCGAUUCUGUCCUCCGCCUCACCGCUCAAUGUGCGCUUCGUCGACCCUUGACGCUCCGCGCCGACGCCUGGCGCGCCGAGAUAUGUCGGGAGAUUGCACUAACCGAGUCAUCAUUCGCACUUGCGCGCGAUGCGUUCCAUCCGUCCGUGGUGGUUGCGCGAGAUUACGACGAAUAUCUAGGCAACGCGUAG